AGCUGCCCACAGCAUGAGCUACUGGCCUGAGGCCAUGUUACUGUCAGGGUGAGUGGAGAGAGACAGCUGGUUCUGAUGACACGAGAGCAGUAUAUAUUAGCAACACAACAGAACAGCCUUCCAAGGACUGAACAUCCUCAGUUUUACCCAGUAGGGAUUUAUGGAUGGCGAAAGAGGUGCUUAUACUUCUUUGUCCUUCUGCUGUUGGUUACCAUGAUUGUUAACUUAGCAAUGACAAUAUGGAUUUUGAAGGUUAUGAAUUUCACAGUGGAUGGAAUGGGAAAUUUGAGAGUCACUAAAAAAGGAAUACGACUUGAAGGAAUAUCUGAAUUUCUACUUCCUCUAUAUGUGAAAGAAAUCCAUUCCCGAAAGGAUAGCCCACUGGUCUUACAGUCUGACAGAAAUGUAACAGUGAAUGCAAGAAAUCACAUGGGACAAUUAACUGGACAACUGACAGUAGGAGCUGAUGCUGUGGAGGCCCAGUGCAAGAGAUUUGAAGUGAGAGCAAGUGAAGGUGGAAAAGUGUUGUUUUCUGCAGAUGAAGAUGAGAUUGUCAUUGGAGCAGAUAGACUGAAAGUAACAGGCACAGAAGGGGCAGUGUUUGGGCACUCUGUGGAGACACCCCAUAUCAGAGCAGAACCUUCCCAAGACCUCAAACUUGAAUCUCCUACUAGAUCUUUGGUGAUGGAAGCACCUAGGGGAGUGCAAGUCAAUGCAGCUGCAGGAGACUUAAAGGCUACCUGUAGGAAAGAAUUGCACUUACAGUCCACAGAAGGGGAGAUAUUUUUAAACGCAGAUACAAUCCGUCUGGGAAAUCUACCAGUGGGUUCCUUUUCCUCCUCUUUCUCAUCAUCCUCCUCCUCCUCCUCCUCCUCACCCAGCUCUUCAGUACCUCGCCAGACUAUCUAUGAGCUCUGCGUCUGUCCCAAUGGUAAACUUUACCUUUCGCCAGCAGGAGCAGGCUCUACAUGUCAAUCCAGUAGCAACAUCUGCUUGUGGAGCUAG